UACUGCUCAGUCUGUCAUUAUGCGCACGUUAAUCAGCUUCGUUUUAUGGUUUUUGUUAAUUCAACUAGAAUUAAAUAGAGCUGAAACUUGCAAACAUGUUAUAAAGAGUAUAGAACCAUACCAGGUAUAUGUAUGUACACAUCGCUGGCUUGGUCUUUGUGGUCAGUAUUCCUGGUUGUGGCAAUAUCGCGUGACUUACAAACUGAAAUGUUGUCCAAGAUAUGGAGGAUGGAAUUGUCAAAAACAGCAAAUGACGGCUCGAGAGGCAUUGGAAUACGUAGCUUACGUGGAAAGCCAUAACUGUACAGUUGGAACGGGAAAUUACCUCCAGCUCCAUUUCGACGCAUCAGUAUGGAGCACGUAUGCCCUUGCUGCGGUGCGAACUGCUAAUUUUCUUUCAAAACUUAUUACUUCUAACAACAACACGAUGUCUGCACUUUCUGACAAUCUCCUGUACUCUCUUGUGAGGAACAAUGUCCAUUUGAAGUCUGUGAUAUUUGGAUCCGCCAUCGCCUUUGAACCUGAUAUCUCACUUUCUUAUCCUCUCUAUUGUCCCUACGCAUACAAACAAACCAACAACUCAACAGUAACGGUCAAUGCCAUGGACCUCUCGGUCAAUUACAACUACACUGACCCCGAAACGGAAUGGUACCACGAACUCCGCCUCCUAGACUAUUCAAACAUUUCCUUAGUGACUGAUCAAGUUCAACAUAG